UGACCCUUAUAAGCACGAAGAAGAAUCUUGUCAGCCAUUUGUUUGUGAGCCCACGCUAAUCUUAAUCAGCGGUUUGCUCAAUGCUUGUAUGGUGGAUGACAAUACCAGCAGAUUGAUUUUGACCAAAUUUGACUAGUGAUUUUGACAUUAAAGCAGAUAAAUGCUGCUCUUCUACUUCAAAAUGAUCCCAAGGAACGAAUGAAAUCAACGAAUAAUCAUUAUGAGCUUCAAAAAGACAAAUAAUUCAAAAAUUAAGUCGUUUGUUACCGAGGAGGAAGCCCAGGACGCCAAGGAGAAACGUCAAAAGGAAUGGGAAAGAGUCAGAAAGCCCGAUGACCCUUUAGAAUGUCCAGAUGUGCAACCAAAAAGUUUAUUUGAACAGCUUCAGGCCCAGAAAGAAAAGGCACAACAAGAGCAUGACGAGAAAUAUGACAUCAAAAAAAUGUUCCAAGGAUCGAUAAUGACGGUUCUUUUCUCGAGUUUGCUUCCAAGCAACAGGCAGAAGUUGACCGAGACGUUUUGCUCUCACUCCAGAUUAAAGACUACAGAUCAGUUUAUCCAUUCUUUAAUUGCCAACAACCAGGAUGAAGUUGCAAAGUUUAAUAUGACUGUAGCCGUCUCAACCCCAGCUGCUGUGGGAAAAGAAAAAAAGAAAGCCUCCAAUGCUUUAUUGGGAAAGAAGAAAUCACAGUUGGAACUAUUGGCUGGCUGCAUUAAACGACGGCGGAGUGAUGUGGAGACGAGCGAGGACGAAAAAUCUGACGAUCAAAACUUCUCCAAAAAAGGUAUUUGA